AUGCGUGCGCACGUGUACGUGCGUGCAUGCGUGCGAAAAAAAAAGGUUGUUGUUGAGUUCAUUGCAACUUUUAUUAUCAUAUUCGCUGCCACUGCUGCAACCAUUUUAAACCACAACUCUGAGACCCUUAAAACCCGUAAUUGUGCUACAACCGCAGGUCUUACUGUUAUGGUUGUCAUAUUUGCCACUGGACAUAUAUCAGAAGCCCAUAUAAACCCUGCUGUUACUUUUUCGUUUGCUGUGGUGAAGCACUUCCCAUGGAAACAUGUGUCUAUUUAUAUUGGUGCACAAGUUUUGGCAUCGGUUUGUGCCGUAUUUUCUCUGAAAGGGGUUUAUCAUCCUUUCAUGAAUGGUGGAGUUACAGUUCCUUCAGGUGGAUAUCGUCAAUCUUUUGCUUUGGAAUUCAUUAUUACAAUCAAUUUAAUGUUUAUUGUCACUGCAAUAGCCACCGACACCAGAAGCGUGGGAAAACUUGUAGGAAUUGCGGUGGGAGGCACUAUGAUGCUCAAUAUACUCACAGUAGGGUAUAUCACUGGCUCAAUGAACCUAGUGAGAACACUAGGUCCAGCCAUCGCCACAAAUAAUUAUAAAGAUAUAUGGAUUUAUAUGAUAUAUCCUGUAAUCCAAACUUUAGCCGGUGCAUGUAUCUAUACUGCAGUGAAACUGCCCAAAGAAUGUGAAAACAAAGUCUUCAAUUAGUUUUAUAUGACUUGUCUCUAUUG